GUGAGCCUGGAUUUGAAAAAAGGGAAGAAACGGUUGUCUUCCUCGACUCAUUUAGUGAGCCCUCGAUUUGAAAAAAAGGAAGAACUCUGAACUUUUCUGCCUCCGGACUUCCCCAUAUUCCUCCUCUAGUCUUCACAACAAGUUUUCUUAUUCCCCUCUUGUUUAUCUUCAAAUACUGAAGGAUUCGGAGGAGGUGGACCUUCCGUGGGGUCGGAGGUCAAAGGUCGAUUAUUCAAGUUUUCCGGCAAUGCUCGGUGGCUGGCGGUGGGGUCGGCCGACCCCACUUGGGUCCGUCAGUGAUUAUAGUCCGAGUAGAAUGGAGAGUCAAGCCGCACCGAGAAGCCUCUCGCUAAACCUCCGCCGCCGUUCCUCUCAACAGCCACCGCGUCUUCAGUCCAAACGAUUGAUGGGGAAAUAGAUAAACAAAUUUCUGUUUGGAGAAAGCACAGAGAAGUGUUGUGCCACUUUUUCUUAUGCCAGCCUUUAUGCGCAAGGUCAAAUGAGCUCUUUGUGCUAAGCCAGGCCACUUAUCACAUUCACAACGAGUUUAUGAGGCCAGAAUCGGUCCACCCACCCGGAGCUCAAAUGUAUUUCUACUUCUCCCCCCCGCUUAGUCAGGAGGUGGAUUUUCCAUGAUAUCUGCAUCUCUACUUCUGACCAAAUAAGUGGUAGCAUGUGGUAGCAUUUACUCAUCUGGCCUUGUUAGCAUUGGAAUUGGUGCUAUGCCCCAGACACUGGAAAUUGGCUCUGACGAUAUAGAACCUGUUGGAUCCCAGAUUCCCAUACAAGUUCCUUCAUCUCACAUUUCAAUUGGUGAUGGUCCACAAACUCCGAAAACGACAUCAUUCCUUCAGUCUCUCAUGCUUUACCCAGCUACUGAUGGAACCUUCCAGAACCAGGAAAUGCUGCACAUCCUACUAAUGCAGCUCAGUCUUCCGAGCAUCCUGGGACAAAAGCCACUUAUAAGCUUUGGUGAUGCAUUAGAUAUGUACCAUACCAUCUCAGAGAAGGAGUUGAGGAGGAGCUAACUUCUAAAGGGGUUAUUAGUGUAGACUUCAUUUUUCUCAUGGGUUGAUCUGCAAACUUAGUUGUUGCUUACUAACUUCUGGAGUCCUAGGUUUCCCAUGCUUCAAAUAAGUGAUAACAGUGUUCUUUGUUGUCCGAUUUCUUGAGCUAAGGAGAGAGAACAAUUCCGGUUUUGAAAAAUUAAUUGAAAAAGUCAUAGGGCCGAUCGACUGAAUGAGAGCUUUAUGAGUUGCAAUCUUGUUGAUAUUGGUGCAUAAAAAUGAUUUAGGCAAUAGGAAUAAAAGCCUCAUAUCCAAAUUAUCACAUGCAUGACCCUGCAUAAACCCCUAGUGAGCCAGUUUGAGCCCAAAAGCCUAAUUUCUUUGUUGAAAAUUUUGAUGUCACUAUAUCAGCUUACCUAUUAUAUCCAUUUGUUGGCCUAUAUUUUCUUCCCUAGUCACCAAAAUUAAAGUACUAGCACAUCCUUGGGAGGGUAUUAUGGUGGCAACAUAAAGAUGGAAGUUUUGGACCAUUCAUUAGGUGGUAUUCAUUUGUACUGAGAUACUAAGUGAGUGAAAAGCUGUCACUUCAAACGAAAAUAGAAUAAAAAGGCAGCCUUUCAUGUGUAAAAAAAGCCAAGGCUAUGAAAAAAAAGAAAAAAGACAGCCUUUCAUGAGUAAAAAAAAGCCAAGGCUAGAAAAAAAAUAUUU